AUGCCAGCCUUCAAAACCCUUCUUGGGUUUUGCCUGAUCUCAUUUCUCUCCUUCAUUUCUUCACUACCUCAUGAUUCAGCCAACCUUACUGCCUAUGAGAUGCUCGAGAAAUUCAAUUUCCCAAAAGGGAUCCUCCCAGAAGGUGUUGAAAGCUAUGUAUUGAACAAAGAUGGCAGCUUUGAGGUCUAUCUUAGUGGAGACUGUACAUUUAGGGUGGCUGGAGAAGAGUAUUCUUUGAAUUACAAGAGGAAGAUUUCAGGGAAAGUGGCGUUUGGUUCUUUGAAGGAAUUGAAAGGAGUGACAGUGAAGAUUUUGUUCUUCUGGUUGAGCAUAGGAGAGGUGAGUAGGGUUGGUGAGGAGCUGAAUUUCUAUGUGGGCCUACUGUCCGCCUCUUUCCCGCUUUCGAAUUUUGAGGAAAGCCCGCAGUGUGGGCGUGGGUUGGAUUUCAUGGACUUGGUAUUGGAUUCUUAG